GUGCGCUUCCUUUUGUCCGGCCCAACGUGGUGAGUAGGAGGAGUUCAGGCAGGUGUUUAUAAUAACUUGAGGUCGGUUUAAGAUGUGAUCAUUGAAGCGUUGGCACAGAUUCAGCAAUAUGGGGAAUAUGAUCAUCAACCAUGGACUUACAUCCUUCAUACUGGUUGUUUGGAUGAGCAUCAACAUUUUCCUCUUCGUCUGGUUUUACUUUUUCUACGAUUUGGGAGAUCAAUUUUACUACACGCGACACCUCCUCGGCUCCGCCCUGGCCUGGGCCAGAGCCCCUGCUGCCGUGCUCAACUUCAACUGUCUGCUCAUUCUACUGCCGGUGUGUCGCAACCUGCUGUCCCUGAUCCGGGGCUCCUUUAUGUGCUGUGGAAGAACAAUGAGGAAACAGCUUGACAAAAACAUAAGCUUCCAUAAAUUGGUCGCCUAUAUGAUUGGCCUGAUGACAGCCGUCCACACCAUCGCCCACCUCCUGAACGUGGAGUGGUACAACAACAGCAGGCGCAGAAUGUACGACCCACUCAGCACAGCGCUGUCUGAUCUGCCGGACGGUAACAACACCACCUACCUGAACCCCAUCCGCAACAUUGACGUGAACGCGCAGCAGAACCCCACCUACUUCGCCAUGACCAGCCUGGCGGGAAUUACCGGCGUCAUCAUCACGCUCUGCCUCAUCCUCAUCAUCACCUCGUCCAUGGAGGUCAUCCGCCGGUCCUACUUCGAGGUCUUCUGGUACACACAUCACCUCUUCGUCAUCUUCUUCAUCGGCCUGGUCAUCCACGGAGCAGGACGCAUCGUGAGGAGUCAGCAGAAUUUGGUACAGCACAACUACACGCUCUGUAAGGACCGCAUUGAGAGCUGGGGGAAGGUCGCUGAGUGUCCUUACCCUCAGUUCGCUGGAGGUGCCCCUGGGACGUGGAUGUGGGUGAUCGGUCCGAUGUUUCUGUAUCUGUGCGAGCGCAUUCUACGCUUCAUCCGCUACACGCAGACGGUCAAAUACAGGAAGAUUGUGAUCAGACCGUCCAAGGUGCUAGAGCUGCAGUUGGUGAAAGCUGGUUUCAAGAUGGAGGUGGGCCAAUACGUCUUCCUCAACUGCCCCGCCAUCUCCCAUCUCGAGUGGCAUCCGUUCACCAUGACCUCUGCCCCCGAAGAGGACUUCUUCAGCGUCCACAUUCGCUCGGUGGGUGACUGGACACAGAAGCUCAUCAGUAUGGUGGAAGAGCUGCCUGAGGGGACACAGGGACCCAGAAUGGGCGUUGACGGUCCCUUCGGCACAGCCAGUGAAGACGUGUUUGACUAUGAGGUCAGCAUGCUGGUCGGAGCAGGCAUCGGGGUGACCCCCUUCGCGUCAAUCCUCAAGUCCAUCUGGUACAAAUUCAAGGAUUCCGACCCCAAGUUGCGCACUCGAAAGAUCUACUUUUACUGGUUGUGCCGGGAAACCCAUGCCUUCGAGUGGUUUGCAGACCUUCUACAGGUGCUAGAGAAGGAGAUGGAAGAGAGAGGAAUGGGGGAUUUCCUCACCUACAAACUCUUCCUGACCGGAUGGGAUCAGAGCCAUACUGAUCAUGUGAUGGUUCGUUUUGACGAGGACACAGACGUUGUGACUGGACUCAAGCAAAAAACUAAUUACGGAAGACCCAACUGGGAGAAAGAGUUUGAGCAAGUUCGUAAAGAGAAUCCGUCAUCUACUGUAGGAACCUUCUUGUGUGGCCCAGCAGUCUUAGCCAAGGUGUUGGAGAAGAAAUGUGCCAAAUACUCAGACGUGGAUCCUCGCAAGACUCGAUUUUACUUCAACAAAGAGAAUUUCUAGACGUGGGUUCCCCUUGACCUGAAAUGAUAGUAACCAAAACAAACUAGUUUCUAUAACAAAAGCUUUGGGUUGGAUUGGAAGUUCCUGGAUGGCUCGGGGCAAGGGCCGGUUCCUUCCAGUUACAUUGGUGUGAAUCAUGGCUGGUGAGUCAAACUCCAGUCAAAUGUAAAACUGUUUGCAUAUCUUUCCUUCAAUUCUCAACCGUUCAACUUUACGCUUGGAAAGUGUAAUGCUGGGGAUGCAAGGAAGUGCAAUGUCGAGUGUGAAGUUGUGUGGUUCUUGAUAAAGCCGCAAGCAGCCCUAGCCAGGCAAUCGAUUGUUCCAAAAAUGCAUGUUAUGAAUGGGCACUGCAGUAGUUAAGGAGAAUAUUGAAAGGGGAACUGGCUGUUACCACAUACAUGAUUGACCUUUAUUACCUGAUGAAUUACCUUGACAUGGAUGUCUUAAUGUACUGAAUUUUAUUUUUCUUCUACUUGCCAUUCUUAAACAUAACCUCACUUAUUUCAUUAAAUCUCUAAUGAAUCAGUGUGUCUUAUACAUAACAUGCUUAAAAAUGUACUGUAAAUGCUGUACAACUGGAACAGCCUUGUGUUUCGAAUGUUUUAAUAAAUAUCUUUCAUAUUAA